ACAACUUCUACAUCGACACGAACGGGCGGUAACAGGAGCCUUUCAACUCGUUUGCGAGAGAGAAUUUUUAGAUAAAGCCGGAGCCAGUUGUUUGUCCUCGCUCCGGUGAUAAUUCUCAGUCUGGAUUCUGGAUCAGAGGAAAGUUUAGUCGUGAUAUUAUUUUUUUUAAAAAGUGACUUAAAGUCGUGAACCGGAGAGGAUUCAAUUUAGGAUUUUCUCACACUGCAAUUUGGCAACUUUUGUCUGAAAGCGGUUUGGAUGCUGGAAGGAUGAAGGUGACAUAAGUUUGCACCUUUGGAUCAAUGCGCUGAGAUUCCCUUUCAGUAAAUCAAUCUCCAUGAAGAGCCGCUAACCCGGACUGACACAGUCGGUGGUCGGGUGCCUAAGCCCACGGGACGCAGGGAACCGUGAACCCCAGCGGCUUGCCGGGAUGGUGCGCCUGCUGAGCUGCCUGCUGCUGGGAUAUCUGACCUGGAAUCUCCGGAUAUCGGACGCACAGGGGGAGUACUGCCACGGCUGGCUGGACGCUAAUGGGAAUUAUCAUGAGGGUUUCCAGUGUCCAGAGGACUUUGACACCAUGGACGCCACCGUGUGCUGCGGCUCCUGCUCGCUGCGCUACUGCUGCGCGGCCGCGGACGCACGGUUGGACCAGGGCAGCUGCACCAACGACAGGGAGGUGGACAACACCGAGUUUGCAGCGCAGCCCAUCUACGUGCCCUUCCUGAUGGUGGGAAGCAUCUUCAUCGCCUUUGUCGUGGUCGGCUCUCUGGUGGCCAUCUACUGCUGCACUUGCCUGCGGCCCAAGCAGCCGACCCAGCAGCCCAUUCGCUUCUCACUGCGCAGCUGCCAGGGCGAGACCAUCCCCAUGAUCCUCACUACGGCCCCCCCAAGCCUCCGUGCCCCAUCGCGACAGUCCAGCACGGCCACCACCAGCUCCAGUUCGGCUGGAGGCGGGAGCUCCAUGCGGAGGUUUUCUCUCGGAGGUCAGGGGGGGCAGCAGCAGCAGCACGGAUGCCUGGUGUCUGCUACCAUCUCCUCAUCAGCCUCCACCCCCACCCAGACCCCUCUGGCUCUGCCUCCACCUCCACCUCCCCCCUAUACAUCCCCACCUGCAACCAUGUCUGGAGGCAUGCAGCACCCUCUGCCCUCCACCCACACCCAGCUGCAGCUCCACCAGCCCUCCAUUCCCUCUCACCCCUCUCAGAGCACCGGGUUCCUGCUGCCCCAGCAGUACUUCUUCCCCCUGCAGCCCGACGCCUUCACAGCGGGCAAGGGCUUUGCUGACUUCGGACAGAGCUGACAGGGCUCCCAGCAGGGGAAAUAGAGGGAUUACAAGAUUUCUAGAUGGUGGGUGUGAGCCGGUGAGGACAAACACACUGCAACACAGCUGGUGGUGUUUGGGUGGAGAGCCUGGGCCGGCUGAACGGACGCAGAGAGAAAAACAGCAGGAUGAGUACAACAAAGCUGCUGUGGUUGAACAUCGUGGCCUGAGGCACUUCCUGCUCUGCAACAUAGGGCACAUCAAAGCUCAACAGACCCGUUAGAGACAGCAACAAUUUUGAAUCUAGUGCACUUUUAUAUCAUUUUGUAAACAGAAUUCUGUGGUCUACAUUUUAUUUUUUUAUACAUGCUGAUUUUCAAGGUGGAAGUUUACAAUACAGACUGGAAUCUUCCCAAUUUAUCACAUAAAAAAAAAAAAAAAAAACAGAAAUACUGUACAGACAGGCGGCUCCAACACUGUCACUCUGAGACUCUGCUGAGCAUUGUUACAUUAUUUGAGCUGUAGUAGAUGUUGGGAACCAGGGAAUUAUGUUUUUUUGACAAUCGCGAGGACCUCUGAAAAAGAGGAGCCCAUGAUACACGAAGGACAUUUUAUUUUGGAGGAAAUGUGGACCUUUAUAUAAUGUGGUACAGGUACAAUUUAAAGCAAAUAAAAUGCUGUCUCUCAGUACCAUCUGUGCUCUGAUAAAUGAGAGAGAAAAGCCUGAUGUAUUGCAUUUUUAACAUUUUAACAGAAAGCAUGUGUCCAGAGAGAAGCCUGAUCAUCACUCAGACAGAGAGGAAACCGGAGCGGCCGGGUCUGCACAGCAGCUCCCUACCUGUCGCUCAUUCUUGCGCCAGACUUCACAGCAGGAAUGCAGUGCUGAGAUCAGUCAUUGUCAGUGCUCAAUGAGCAUGGCACGGUCACAGUGUUAAAAACAACUCGCCCCAGAAAUAGAGGUUUAGGUUGCACCAACAGGUAUGGCAAAAUCUCCACAAAGACCUUUCUGUCUUCCGGUUAUCUGACUGUGAAAUAGACUUGGCAGCCGGUGUCUCAUGAAACCUGUCAACUGUUCAGUCUGAAGAAGUUCGCUGCCACAUUCAGGGCUGUUAUCCUUUCACUGCUCUAUCACAAAACACAACUUUCAUGAUUAGGAUUUCUCAGAUUCCAGCAUUAACUUUCUCAGGUUUUGUUUAUACUUGCAGCUGUCAGUUCAGACUUCUGUAUCACAUUCCACACCCUGCUUAUAAAAGAAAAACACAAGUUGUGAACAUGUUUUUCAUGAUAUUUCCUAAAUCUUUUGGAUAGGUAUAAUCUUUUAUGUCCUCGCCCAGCCUCAGAAAAGUUUCCAAUUUCUCUUCCAAGUUGUCUAGGAACGUAGAAAUGUCUCUGAUUAUUAUUCCUCAAAAUGAAGGCUGUUACUUUAUUCUGUCUCACGGGUUUAAUUGAAAUUCAGUCGUUUUUGUUUCUUUUUUUCUGAGUCCUAAACUUCUGAAAAAACUCAUUCUUCUCAGAGCGAAAUCUGUUUCAUAUUUAAUCACUGUGGUAGUAAGAUCAAGAACACAUUAAAGUUAGACUCCUUAAGAUUUUCACAAAAUCAAACCUGGAUUUUGAUAUAAUUUAUGGUUGUCUUUUUUACUGCUAUAGCCAUUCUAAGUAUUUAUACUGUGUAAUUACUUCUCUAUAUGGUAGUUUUCAUUGUUAGUGGCGGGCCCUGCAUUCCUGCCUGGAUUCACCUUAUUGUCUGUUCACUCUCUUUACACUGGAUCAGAACUCUAAGUCACUGCUAAUGCAAACUGAACCUUUCACAGUGCUGCUGCUUCACAUUAAAAGCUGUGGCCUGGUCAAACAUGGGGUGGCUUUUACUGUGAAACAGUCACAGGAAACAUAAAGUUUUUGGCACAGAUGUGAGUACCGACCAUGAUGGUCAUCAAAAAUGUGUCUGUGAAACAAGAUAGCUGCCAUUUACAGGGAGUUGUAGAACAAGUUAACAGACAAUCCAGCUGCUAUUCACUUGUAAUUAUUUUUGACUUCUUUAUUAAACUGAAAAAAGAUUUUUUUGGCUGCACCGUAAACAGAUACAGAUGCAACCAAAUCAGCCAGGACUGAAAUUCUUUUGUUAGUGAUUUAUCUGAUGAUUCUUCUCAUG